AUGAGAAAAAAUUAACUUUGAUUUUAAAAUAAUAUUCUUGCGAAUAUAUGACAGAUAUUGCCUGUUUUAUUCAUGAGUUUACAGUUAUGAGUUCGCAGAAUAAUUAAACUAUAUUCUGCGAACUCAUGAUGCGCGUGCAUCUUGGAACAUCUAAUAUAACAAAAAAAUGUCUAUAGUGUAUCUAAAUCUAAUAUGGGGAUAUAUAAUUUUAUAUGUGGCCCGCGGAGUUAUGAUGCAUUUCCAAAGUGGCCCGAAAGAUCAUUUGGGUUGGCCACCCCUGCGCUACACGAUAACUUCCUCGCAGUUUCAGUGAAGAUCUUAUCUGUCUCAAGGCCUGUAUAUAUGCUAUUAUGAUGGCCUCUGGAGUUAAAGGACAAGGUGAGGCGUAGUUUUAUUAUCGGUUGAGUUGUCUGGACGCUGAAACUCGUACAAGAAACGCGAUGUCAAUAAUAGAAACUCCAGUGUCGCCACUGUGGAUGGACAAAAGGCUGUUGGCACUGUGGCUACGGACACAGUACGGCGAAGUGGCCGUGGCGGAAUGUGAGGUGGAGAACGCCUCGUCCACGGGGGACAACUACAUGAGCGUUAUGCAUCGUAUGGUCGCUAGGACACCGGGCGGGGAUUCCCACUACCUUCUGAUUAAGAGUCGUAUGGAAGAAGGACCGACGGCCAGCGUUAUGAAAGAGAGCAGCAUCUUCAGAAAGGAGCAGGAAUUGUACGCCGUCACGUUGCCCAAGCUGCAUGCUUUGCUGUACAAAGCAAUGCCUGGAAAUUUCAAACCACUGGCGCCGAAGUGCAUCUACGCCUGUGAGAGUUUCUUGGUGUUGGAGGACCUGUCUACAGCAGGAUUCAGGAUGCUGGACCGGUUACAAGGACUGGACUUGGACCAUUGUCUGCUGGUCAUGCGCUCUCUGGCCAAGUUCCACGCAGCCUCCGUUCUUCUGCACGAAGAAGACCCGGACUCCAUGAAAGAAUAUGAAGUCAGCUUCUACAGUGACCCUGUCGUAGCGAAAACAUGGCCGCUAUUUUCCUCAGGAAUGUCGAGAACUCUGGCGGAGGAGUUGGACUCGUGGUCCGAUGAAUGGAGGACCUACGCCGACAGGUUGCGGGACAACGCCAACUUACUUUUGAUGCGUGUUCAGGAGGCAGUCAGGCGAGAGGAGGCGGAUUUUAACGUGCUAAUCCACGGAGACCUGUGGGUGAAUAACAUAUUGUUCCGAGAUCACACGAAUGAAGUCCGCCUUGUUGACUUCCAAAUGUCCCACUUCACGUCGCCUGUGAUAGACCUGCAUUACUUCAUGGCUACCAGUACCACGUUGCAGGUGCGCAUGGAACAUGAGCAGGAACUCCUACAAGAGUAUCACAUCGCUUUGUGCGAGGCUCUGAACGCUCUGGGCUACACACCGACGCCGAUAAGCCUGGAGAAACUGCGGGAAGAUUUUGACAGGAAAAUGAUUUACGGGCUUUACUCAAUGAUAGCGCCAUACGCCAUCAUGCAAAGUGAACCAGAGUAUGGUUUCAGUUUUGAUGACAUAAUCGACACGGGUUCGAAUCCCGGACCCUGUAUGUACGGCGAAAAUUACAAGGCGGUAGUCAGGUGGUUCCUACCACUGCUUGAGAGCAAAGGCGUGUUUGACAGACCAUCCAUAUACCGCAAUGUCUACAGACGCUGCUGCUGUGUCCCCGCAGUGGACGGACAAGAAGUUGCUGGAGCUGUGGCUACGGACACACUACGGCCAAUUGACCGAAUGUGUUUUUCUAAACAUGAUUCGCUACUGCAGUCUUGGAAGAUCCUGUUCGCAGGAAAUUUCAAACCACUGGCGCCGAAGUGCAUCUACGCCUGUGAGAGUUUCUUGGUGUUGGAGGACCUGUCUCCAGCAGGAUUCAGGAUGCUGGACCGGUUACAAGGACUGGACUUGGACCAUUGUCUGCUGGUCAUGCGCUCUCUGGCCAAGUUCCACGCUGCCUCCGUUGUUCUGCACGAAGAAGACCCGGACUCCAUGAAGGAGUACGGAGUCAGCGUCUUCACUGAGCCCUGUGUUUAUGACAACUGGAAGAAUUUUUGCUGUGGAAUGACGAAAACUCUUGUGGAGGAACUGAAGACCUGGCCGGAAGAGUGGCACAAGUACGCGACGAAGUUGCAUGGGAUGCAAGACAGCUUGAUAGAUCUGGUUGGUGAGACGACGAGACGUAAUGAGAACGGGCUGAACGUACUGGUACACGGUGACUUCUGGCUGAACAACAUAAUGUUCAAGAGGCACUCAAACAGCAUCCGGUUCCUGGAUUUUCAGUUGACCAUCUUCGCAUCCCCUGCUAUCGACCUUCACCUCUUCAUCUGCAGUAGCCUCACGCACGACGUACGGAUGCACCACGUCGAUACUCUGCUGCAGGAGUACCACAGUACUCUGUGUAACACACUGAUCGCCCUGGGCUACACGCAGCCACUGAUAACCCUGGAGGAAUUGCAUGAAGAGUUCGAUAGGAAGGUAAUGUAUGGAGUGUGGUCCACGAUCUGUGCUGCACCCUGCAUGCUGUCUCGCCCCGACUGCGGCUUCGAGCUGGAUGACGCCCUCGAGAGAGGCGUCACACCCGGACCAACCAUGUUCACUGAUGACUACAAGAAGGUCGUCAAAUGGAUGUUGCCUGUGCUCGAACGACAGGGAGCGUUUGACGAAAACGAAUAUCCAGUUAUGAAGAUGUCUUCAGCGCCUCCACCAUGGUCGGACAAGAAGAUGUUAGAACUAUGGUUACAGCCGCACUACGGUCAGACAACAGUGACGGGGUGUGAUGUUCAGAUCGCUGAUGGUAAAGGAGACAACUAUCUGAGCGUCAUGAACCGCAUAGUAGUGAGAACAGAAGGCGGGGAUUCCCACUCGCUGAUUAUCAAGCGUCGUUUGCAGGACGGGGAGUUCGCCGGAGCCAUAGCCGAAACGACAAUCUACAGGAAGGAACAAUCGAUGUAUGACAGAACUUUGCCCCGAAUGUCUGCUAUUCUGGAAAAAGCACUUCCAGGCAAGUGCUCGACGGAACACAAGUUGUUGGCUAAUAAUUCAUUUCGUUUUGAACGACUCCUUCUUAACCGCCUUUGUCCACGUGUUUACUCAACUACAGCACUUGUUCAAUUUUUAUCAGUCUAAUCACAAUAAAAUAUUAUUAUUAAAAUAUUUA